AUGCAAGACGAACAAGCAGUCAGGAGGAUUUUUGAAACUGUAGACAGGAACAGAGACGGAAAUAUUGAUCACACGGAGCUACAGUCGGCACUAUCAAAUGGUAUAGGUACACCGUUCAACACUAGAACUGUUCAGCUGAUGAUUUCAAUGUUUGACCAAGACAGAAAUGGAACCAUUGAUUUAAGAGAGUUCGCCUAUUUAUUCAAAUAUGUUCAGGAUUGGCAACGGUGUUUUCGUCAAUAUGAUCAGGAUAGAUCUGGAUUACUCGAUGCUAGAGAGUUCCAAAGUGCAUUGUCCUGUUUUGGUUACCGACUCUCUCCUUGUUUUAUAAAAAUGAUGAUCGGUCGUUUCGACCGUAAUAAACAAGGACAGAUCGCCUUCGAUGACUUUAUUUUUGCUUGUGUAUGUCUUCAAAUUCUCACAAACUCUUUUAGACGAUAUGAUAUAAAUCGUAAUGGAUAUGCACAAUUCAGUUUUGAAGAAUUUUUAUCUUCUGCUAUGUCUAUAAUUAUUUGAUAAAAUAUAUUUAUAAAAAGGAAAACAAAUCAAAUGGUUACUGUACAAAAGAAAAAUACAGAUGGUCAUUAUCAAUAACUUCACUUCUAUAUGGUAAUUGUUUUUGUUUGUUUGUUAAAUUUGUUUAUUUUAUUUAGUCUUCCUCCUUUUAUUGAACAAACGAAAGAAAUAAACAUGAUUAGAAUUUCUUUAGUUAAAUCUAAAUUAACUUUAGUUUUAUUGCAUUGCUUUACGCUAAGGAAUUCCG